UUAUAAAUACAAAUACAUAUAUAUAUAUAUAUAUUAUUACAUUUAGUUGUAAAAUUAUUUAUAAAUCUCGAAGCAUUAAUAUAAAAAAUUUCUUUAUAUAGUAAGUGUAAGGAUGGCACACGAUAAGAAAACAGUUAGACGUAGCAGAUCUCGUGAAAGAGAACGUGAACGUGAAAGAGAAAGAGAACGUCGUGAUCGACGUCGUUCCAGGAGCCGUUCGAAAGAUCGAAAAAAGGAUAGGAAACGUUCGAGAUCUAGGGAACGUUCACGUGAACGUGAUAGAUCACGGGACAGAGAUCGCGAACGUUCCAGAGAAAGAGAUAGAUCUCGUGAGAAAGAUCGUGAUAGAUCUAGGGACAGACGGGAUGCUAAAGAUAAGGGAAAAGAUGAUAAGAAACGUAAGGGAAGUCCAAUAUUUUCUGUUGAAGAAGAAGCAAAGAAAGAAGUCAAAAAUGAUGUUAAAAAGGAAGAAGAAGAAACCGAUGAGAAAUCUAAAUCAGCACAGAAAAGAGAACCACUGAGUUUGGAAGAGUUAUUGGCUAAAAAAAAAGCAGAGGAAGAAGCACGUGCCAAGCCUAAAUUUUUAACUAAAGAAGAACGCGUAGCUUUGGCAUUAGAAAAACGUCAACAGGAAGUAGAAGCUAUAAAGAAGCAACAGGAGGAAGAACGAAAAGCAUUUUUCUCCGGUGGUGAAAACAAGGAAAGAGAAUGGGAUGAUAGAGAACGACGUAGAGAUACUCAACGUUCACGAGAAGAAGAAAUAAAAGAUAAAGAUAAAGAGAAAGAAGUGGAAGCUAUUAAAGAACGUUAUCUCGGUCUUGUAAAGAAGAAACGACGUGUAAGAAGAUUGAAUGAUAGAAAAUUUGUGUUUGAUUGGGAUACAUCGGAGGAUACAUCAGUUGAUUACAACAGUAUAUACAAAGAAAGACAUCAGGUACAAUUUUUCGGAAGGGGUAAUCUCGCAGGUAUUGAUAUUAAAGCUCAGAAACGAGAUCAAAGCAAAUUUUAUGGUGAACUGUUAGAAAAAAGACGUACAGAAGCUGAGAAAGAACAAGAAAAAAUGAGACUGAAAAAAGUGAAAAGGAAAGAAGAGAAACAAAAGUGGGAUGAUCGUCAUUGGUCUGAGAAGGCUCUUAAUGAAAUGACCGAAAGAGAUUGGCGUAUAUUUAGAGAGGAUUAUAACAUUACCAUCAAAGGAGGACGUAUUCCUGAUCCUAUCAGAUCAUGGAAAGAAUCUGGAUUCCCGAAAGAAAUUUUAGAUAUUAUUGAUAAAGUGGGAUAUAAGGAUCUAACGCCUAUUCAAAGACAAGCUAUUCCCAUAGGUCUCCAAAAUCGUGAUAUUAUAGGUGUUGCUGAAACUGGUUCUGGAAAAACAUUGGCAUUUUUAAUUCCUCUUUUAUUAUGGAUUACUAGUUUGCCUAAAAUUGAAAGAUUAGAAGAAGCCGAUCAAGGACCUUACAGUAUAAUUCUGGCACCAACUCGUGAAUUAGCACAACAAAUUGAAGAAGAAACUAACAAAUUUGGACAACCCUUAGGCAUUAGGACUGUUGUAGUAGUGGGUGGUUUGUCUAGAGAAGAACAAGGAUUUAGACUACGUAUGGGAUGUGAGAUUGUUAUCGCCACUCCUGGAAGAUUGAUAGAUGUCUUAGAAAAUCGAUAUUUAGUUUUAAAUCAAUGUACAUAUAUUGUAUUGGAUGAAGCUGACAGAAUGAUAGACAUGGGUUUUGAACCAGAUGUUCAGAAAAUUUUGGAAUAUAUGCCAGUAACAAAUUUAAAACCAGAUAAUGAAGACGCUGAGAAUGAAGAAAAACUUUUAGCUAAUUACAAUACAAAGAAAAAAUACAGACAGACUGUGAUGUUUACAGCUACUAUGCCUCCAGCAGUGGAACGUUUGGCUAGAACUUAUUUAAGACGUCCUGCUGUAGUCUACAUCGGUAGCGUUGGUAAACCUACAGAACGAACUGAACAAAUAGUUCACAUAAUGGGUGAAGCUGAUAAGCGCAAGAAACUUAUGGAAAUACUUAGCAGAGGUGUCGAGCCACCCGUUAUUAUAUUCGUUAAUCAAAAGAAGGGUGCUGAUGUACUUGCUAGAGGAUUGGAAAAACUUGGGUAUAACGCAUGUACUCUUCACGGUGGUAAAGGCCAAGAACAAAGAGAAUACGCUCUUGCAUCUCUUAAAAGUGGUAGUAAAGAUAUUUUGGUUGCUACCGAUGUUGCUGGACGUGGUAUUGAUAUUAAAGAUGUAUCUAUGGUUAUUAAUUACGAUAUGGCCAAAACUAUUGAAGAUUAUACGCAUCGUAUUGGUAGAACAGGACGUGCUGGUAAAGCAGGUCUUGCUAUUUCUUUCUGUACAAAAGACGACAGCCAUCUAUUCUAUGAUUUAAAACAAACAAUUCUUGCAAGUCCAAUAUCAACGUGUCCACCAGAAUUACUUAAUCAUCCGGAUGCUCAACAUAAGCCAGGCACAGUGGUUACUAAAAAACGUCGAGAAGAAAAAAUAUUUGCAUAGAUAAUAAUUGACGCAAAACACAGGUUUCUUUCUACUUCUUUAAUUAAAAAACUUACUAUAAGUUAAAUACAUUUAUAAUAAUUAUAUUGUAGGUGUAUAACACAAGAUAAGUAAUAUUUUACUAUAUAUGAUUUAUAAUAUAAAAAUGUAAUUAAAAAUUCAUGUUACAAUAUAAAAACUUAUUAAAAUUAGUUACCUACGAACUUUAAUAAGUUUUGCUUUAAUAAAAAAUCGACUUUCAUA